CCCUGACCCUCCCAGAUGCCGAGCCCUGAGUUUAGUAAGGACUCCCAACACUUUCCCAGGAGAGGAACACGGGCUGCGGGGGAUUCCACUUCAUCAUCACAACCAGCAGAAAGGGGACAGAUUAUUUCGGGGAGGAAUUUCAUUCAAGUUAUUCACACCUUCCAUUAACAACAAUCUACUCGGGGGAGCUGACAACCGUCCUGCUGUAACCAUUGGAGAAAACGGGCGGCUUAUUGUACACGAACAGUGAAAAGGUUUUGGCUCUAAAAUCAAGCCCCCCUUUCCUGCGGAUCCCCAAUCCAUUAAGCAGCAGCACCAUCAUGGCAGAAAAGAUCAGCCUGCCGGCCAAACUGAUCAAUGGGGGAAUCGCUGGCCUAGUUGGGGUCACCUGUGUUUUUCCUAUUGACCUGGCCAAGACAAGGCUACAGAACCAGCAGGGAAGCAGCAUAUACAGAGGCAUGUUCGAUUGCUUGAUAAAGACUGUUCGCUCAGAAGGAUUCUUUGGCAUGUACCGAGGGGCGGCUGUCAAUCUGACCCUCGUCACCCCAGAAAAGGCAAUCAAACUAGCGGCAAAUGAUUUUUUCCGGAACCUAUUGGCUCGGGACGGGAAGGAGUUAACUCUGCUGAGGGAGAUGUUGGCUGGCUGUGGAGCAGGAACCUGCCAGGUGGUGGUCACCUCUCCCAUGGAAAUGCUGAAGAUCCAACUCCAGGAUGCCGGGCGCUUGGCAACACAGAAGGCAAGCGCUGCAGAGGGAGCGGCCACUGUUUCACAGAAACCCUCUGCGCUGCUCAUUGCCAGAGACCUGCUACGUACCCAGGGCAUCUCUGGGGUAUACAAGGGUCUUGGAGCCACAUUGCUACGCGACGUCCCGUUCUCUGUCAUUUACUUCCCGCUGUUUGCCAAUGUGAAUAAACUCGGACAGAAGUCUCCCCGUGAGAAAGCGCCGUUCUACCAUUCCUUCCUGGCCGGGUGCUUUGCGGGGUCGGUGGCGGCCGUGGCUGUGACACCUCUAGAUGUGCUCAAAACCAGGAUCCAGACUUUAAAGAAAGGAAUCGGAGAAGAUACUUACAAUGGAAUCCUGGACUGUGCAAGGAAAAUCUGGAGGAACGAAGGCCCCUCCGCUCUCAUGAAAGGGGCCGUCUGCAGGGCCCUGGUUAUUGCUCCUCUCUUUGGAAUAGCCCAGGUGGUGUAUUUCAUCGGCAUAGGGGAAUAUAUUCUGGGAUAUUUCAACUAGCCCUGCCCCCUCUCAUGAUGCACAUAGAGGUAACAGGAGACUGGAGGGGGAGAUGUUAGCGACCACAGCAUUUAGUUCUUCAUAGGAACCCAACGUAGGUGUCAUUAGAAGGAGAAGAACUGGAACCCGGAUGCAGAGCCUUGAGAUCAUGUAUUAAAAUGUGACCCCAGGGGCAGGGAAAGUAGACGUUUGUCUCGGAGAUUAAAGGAUUUCUGAUGGUUUCGGUGAUGGAGGCCACCCAGUUGUUGGACUGGGGUAUCUGGGCCCACCACUAACCUCAUAAGGAUCUCCUCUCCCAUAGCCCUGGUGCUACAAAGAUCCCCACCCACCCUGCAGAUCCCAAGCAGUUCUGGGGCCCUCCAGGAUUUCUCCGAGGUGCCGGCAGACUAUGAAACAGCUACUGUCUAAAACCAUAGUCUGGGAACGAGUUCUCUGUAUAUUCAGGAUAAGGCAUUGUACAGUAAUGUUACUAUAGGGGAGCCCAGUAAGGUCAGGGGCCACCAUUUUAUAAGACAUUUUCUCUCUGUAAGAGUCUGCCGGGCCAGAUAGCCAGGGGCUAAUGCAGGUAUGUUGCCUGGCCACUGGUCAGUUACUGGGGAGAAAAGCCUUACAAAGUGGCACCAUGGCAAUUUUGUCCUUCCUUAUACAAAUCUGUAUUUGUGACCAGUCUGACCACCAAGUAGUCAGGAGAAAGAAAGAGGCUGCUCUGAUGUUUAGGAAAGAUUUG